AUGAAUGGACGCUGUGAGAGAGAUGGUGAUAUUGGGAUGGUGUUGAAGCAGAAAAAAAAAAAGCUAUGGCUAAGGCAGCCUUCUUCACUUGUUUUUCCAGUCAUCUUCCUUGUUAUGUUUGCUUUAGUUGAACAAAAUAUGGGAUGAUCGGUUCUUGGCUCGUGCGGUGUGAUUACAGACUGUAGUGGGACAUGCAAGACUAAGUUUGGACAAGAUGCGAGUGGCGAUUGUGACCGCGACGGUGGUGUUGGAACAUGUGUUUGUGGUUAUUCGUGUCCAUCACCUCAUCCCCAUAUGUGA